UAUAAGGCUGAGAAAGCACGUCAGUUCAAUCAAUGGAAGGAAGACGCGGAGCGAUACCUGGACGCGUUUGUCAAUGAAGACCUCAAGGCGCUUGGAUUCCCCUCUUGUCACACGUGUGGGUGUACAUGGCGCUCCGCCACUAUGAGGUGUAUGUGGACUGCCAGAGAACACGGUAUCUUGGAGGAGGACAUAUCAUCGACGUUCCAGGCCAUACGCUUCACCCCGGCGUUGUUGGCGGACCGUUCCAUAUCGCUAAUAAGCCUGAGUAUCAACGGUGGACGCCUUCACAUCCCUGCUCCAGGCAUGAGAGCUCCGGCCGACACCCUCCCUUCAUCAGCACAAUUCCACAAUCAGUCGGCGUACUUUCCUGAAAGCGGCAAGGCCCCAAGAGCCCCGAGGUCGAUCGCUCUCGCAAGAGCAGCUGCAUCUCCGAUUUCCCGCCCUGCCCAGGCUGGCUCAGCCGCAUCUCGACAAGAUUCGUAUGGCUCAACAAUGCCUCGCAUUUUUACGAACAAGAAGUUCCCAGUGUCUACUGCAUCCCGUAACAACGCCAGGAGUCCGUCUGUCUCCUUCAGCCCAUGCUCAACCCCCGAGCCCGCCUCAGCCAACUCGAAGCUCGCCUCGGUAAUGCCCUCGUCACACGGAGGCGGCACUCCGAUACAAUCGGCGAAGAGGACGGUUCCGCCCGCAUAUACCCAGCAAUCGCAAGUUGUGGGUGCGCGGCGACCAUCAGAAUCAUCAGGUACUGCAGUACACGCAAAGUCGGACAUUCAGUCUCAGGGAGCGACUCUAGCACAGAUGGACGUGGACGUACCACAAUCUGUACCGCCUUCCUCCGUAGGGCGUCCAGCUCACGCGGUCCCCGUUCCUCCGACAACAAUGUCUGCCAGGCAGACGCAUACAUCCACCAACAUCAAAGUCGAGGAGAAGGUCCAUGAUUCCGCCCUCCAUCCUCCACCCACCGUCUCUACCCAGUCAAUUCAUCCAACCUCUACGAGCCACGCAACCACGGCUCCGCCAUCCUCAUCUGCGCACGUUGCGAAGACAAGGUCACAUUCUGCUAACGCCGCAUUCGACCCGACACCGGAUGCAAGUGCAAUCGCAGGCCUGACGCGUUCGCUCGAAGAUGUAGGGCGAGAGAUCACCACUCUGGCCGCACGCGAGAAGGUGGUGGUGCAGCGGCUAGCACACUAUGGCGUGCAUCCCCCUCCCGAUCCCUCGGUGGUAUCUUUCCGGGAGGUUGUCGAGGAGCGCAAGGCGACGCAGGACGAGAUCUCCGCAUUUCGCGCUCAGUUGGAAGCAGAGUCAGAAGCGCGUCGCGCCGCGGAGUCCGCACUACAGGCGGAGCGGCGGCAGCGCGAGCUCGCGGAGGGCGUACUCGCGGACGUGCGCCGCGAAUGUACUGCGCCGUUGUGCGGAAUUCUAAUGAGUGGGUCGAGGCCGACGGCGGGCAGAGGUAUGAUAUUUAUUGGUAUGUAUUUGCUACGAUUUCGGACACUGUUCAAUGUACACGAUCGAGCCCCACGAUCCCACACCUUUUCGAAGACACGAUAGAUUGUGGCGAGUACAAUGACAACAAUGAAGACAAAACUAGGCUGUG